UAAAUUCGACCGUUAUAUUCUCAACUGUUUCUUAUUUAUACUCAUUCUUUAUCCACUUUCAUUUUCUCAACCAGCUCUAACUAAUUUCAAUAUUUUCUCUUAUCUUUAAUCUCCAUUAACCUUAAAACCAAAAUUAAGAAAAACCCAUCAUGGCUGCUGUUGUAAUGAAAAGUCCAACAAAAGGAUUUGAUGAGAUGAUGACUUCAUUCAACAUGAAUGAAUUAAGAACCAAUCUCCCUCAAAAAAGAGGAUUAUCAAGGUAUUAUUCGGGGAAAUCUCAAUCAUUUACAUGUUUAUCAGACGUGCAAAGUAUUGAAGAUUUGAAGAAACAACAAGCACCUGAUCAGGCAAAGAAAAGGAAGAAAUACCCAGGGGGAGCUUCAGCAGCAUCAAUGGUUCCUCGAUUUCCUUGUCGAAGAGUUGCGAGUUCUAACCAUUGUGCUCAGCUUGUUAUAGGUAUUUGAUUAGCUAUACAAACCCACGCAGCAUCAAUGGUUCCUUCCCUCGAUUUUAAUUCCUUGCUGUCGAGUUUCAUGCUUUAACCAUUGUGCUGAACUUGCUAUUGGUGUUUGAUUAGCUAAACAAACCCAGGCAGAUCGAAAAGAUGUUAAGAAGAGAAAUGUCCCGAACAAGGAUCUUUAAAAUUUUGUACAAAUUAAAAUUAAUUUUGGGAUUUUGUUGAAAUCUUUUGUAUAUUAAAAUAAACUUUUUGUUUUUGUUUUGUUGGAUUUCUUAAUUAUGAUCAAUUUUGUCCAAAGGUAAGGAGGGAGAGUUUUGGAUGAUUGUAAUUUGUAACGGACAACUAUUUUCAGAAUGUUAACAAUGUAAUGGAAUAAGGAACAACUGAAUUUCCUUACCCCCAUUAUAAAGUUCAAUGGAUGUUGCAUUAUGAUUCA